GGCGCAUGCUAUGGUCCUCUAGGAGUCGAUGCAUGAGAAGGCGAUGCGAGCCCCGUCGUUCGCGGCCAUCACGGAUUGCCCAUACCCGUCCGUGCUUUCUGGCGCGCCAUCGAGGCUGUUCAUCUUAUGUAGCGACAGCGACCAGUGGCAAUCCAUCUAUAUAUUGCGUUUCGAAGACAUGACCGUCCCCCCGGGUUCCAACUGUAUCACCUGGUGUUCAUUCAUCUCACUAUAAAGCAGCCCCGCCGCCAUUCUUGCUUACCUGCGCAAUACCCCACACAACCUUGAUUCUGCCCCACCUCUCAACCAUCGACCAUGGCUGUGCCAGCUGAAAUGCCCGUGUUGAACACGACCGGCAAGUAUAUCAUGAGCAAACGGCUCAGCGACGACACAGACGAGCUCCUCCGUCUACAGGGCGUUGGAUGGCUGAAGCGGAGAAUCAUCAAAAUGGGCACGCUUUACCUGACCGUCCGGCACUUCACCGACGACGCUGGCGUCGAGCAUAUCAAUAUCCUCCAGUCACUCUCUGGACUUUCCGACACAGAUGAGAACCGCGAACUGGAUUGGGUCGCGCGCUCACACGAAGACGAUACCUUUGGGAAGGUCACAUCCAAAUCGCGGCGCGUCCGUGUUGAUCAUGUCCAGAACGAUUGGUUGAGGAUUGGAUGGACGCCGGACACAGAGGAACACGGCCUGGUCUUUACGAGGGCGGAGAGUAAGCAGGAGGACAACGGUGUGAACUGGGUGGCGGACCAGACAUGGGGCUUUGAAAUGAUCAACGGCGAGAGGCGAUACGUGAGGCACGUAUUCUUCCAGGGUCCCAACGGAGAGAAAAUCAACCUGCGACUCAUUUACGAUUACCGUGAGUUCGACAGCCUCCCUGCUCAACGUCAACGAUGGGACUGACGAUUCCCUGCUAGAGGGACCGGUGUAACUGCCAUUCCUCGGACUUUGACUCUGCCAUGUUUACAUCGAAACGGAC